UUAGGAAUGUGCAGAGUGUUAGAGGCUUUUCACACCACGAGUUUGAGGCUGUUACUUUCUGCCAGCACAGCGCAAUGAUCACGGGCUUUCUACCCCUCUGAAAGCUUUGUUCUUAGGUAGCCUGUGUAAGGUUUGGAGCAGCAUGGACUACUUAUUUUCUAUUACCAGCGGAGCAAGAGUUGUCAGAGAAGCAAUCUCCCACAGACUGUGGCCUGGAUCCGGACAGGAGACUGUUCAAAUUCAACAGCCCCAUGCACGGACAACACACGACAGUGUCCCCGUCCACCCCAAACCAGAUACCGGUCAGAAGAAGACUCCAGAGAAGAAGGAUGGGAGGCGCAUGUCGUUCCAGAGACCCAAAGGGACCAUUGAAUAUUCUGUGGAAUCGCGGGACACAUUGAACAGCAUUGCACUCAAGUUCGACACCACACCCAACGAGCUGGUUCAGCUGAACAAGCUGUUCUCCAGAGCAGUGGUGCCUGGCCAGGUUCUGUACGUUCCUGAUCCCGAGUACGUCUCCAGUGUCGGAAGCUCCCCUUCCCUCAGUCCCAUCAGCCCCCUGUCUCCCACCUCCUCAGAAGCUGAUUUAGAGAAGGUGACGGACUCUGAUGGCCCCCCCAAACCAGAAGGCAUUCACCCUCCAGUGUUCUCUGCCCUGCGUCAGUCCAGAGUGGUGUCAUCCACCUCCGAGGAGGAAGAAGCCCUCACAGAGAAGUUCCUCAAGAUCAACUGCAAGUACAUCACUGAUGGAAAGGGUGCGGUGAGCGGGGUGUUGCUGGUGACACCCAACAACAUCAUGUUCGACCCUCACCGGAUGGAUCCCUUGGUUCAGGCCCAUGGGUGUGAGGAGUAUGGCAUCAUGUGUCCUCUGGAGGAAGUGCAGUCCGCUGCCAUCUACAAGGAGAUCACUGACGCCAAGAUCAGAGAGGCUGUCCCAGAUGACCUGGAGCCUCUGCCAGCUGAGAGACAUCCCUCCCAGCAGAAGGACCCAGAGCAUCGCUUGAGGGAGCCAGGGGCCAACGACAGUGGCAGCACGGCCCCACGCAGCACGGAGGGCUCCAUCUCCGAAGACGUCUUCACUGAGUCCGAGCUGUCCCCCAUCCGAGAGGAGGAGCAGGCGUCUAAUGAGGACCUCCAUCUGGACAAGUCCUCUGGCGCUUCCACAGAGUCCGUGCAAACCGUCACCCAAGUGGAAGCCACCAGCACUGGCUCCCAGGCCGCAGGUAGCGCCCACGGCUCAGUCAGCCAGCCAGAGGAGCCCCCCGCGGUGACAGCAGAGGACAAUCCACCAGACACUGCCACAGAAAAUAAUAGCCAGUCCCCCAUGGGAUCCAAGCAGCACAGUGUAGAGAAGCCACCAAGCACACCCACUACCACCAGCAGCAGCACUAGCCAGGCCCAGGGUCCCAGCAGCAGCUCCUCUCGCCCGGGGUCCCAAAGCUCAGCCACCCCUGGUGCCACAGACACCACCUCCGUCUCAGCCAGUCCACAAGGGGAUGCCAACGAGGGGACAGAUGUCUCCAAAACGGACACUAUGCAACAAGGCAAGGAGGAGAAUGUAGAAGAGACGCGAAAGGACAGCUCACAGAACUCUGCAGAGGGUACAGGGUCUGCAGAGAGGCGGAAGCACCGCUCUCACAAGUUCCUGUGUCUGCGGGUGGGGAAGCCCAUGAAGAAGACGUUUGUUUCCAAUGCCAGCGCCUCCAUGCAGCAGUACGCCCAGCAGGGCAAAAAGCAUGAGUAUUGGUUUGCUGUGCCGCAGGAGAGGUCAGACCACCUGUAUGUAUUCUUCAUGCAGUGGAGCCCGGACAUGUAUGGUGAGGGGGUCAGGGGAAUGGGACAAGAGCCUGGGUUCAUGGUUGUCAAGAAGAACGAGGUGUCAGAAACAUCUAAGGACGAGCCCAUCACUGACCUCAAUGUGAAGGAAUGGGAGGUAGUGUCUCUGACGGAGUACCACCGUCGGAUUGAUGCUCUAAACAGUGAAGAUCUGCGCUCACUCUGCAAACGACUCCAGAUCACCACCAAGGAGGAGGUGAACUCCAAGCAUGGCCCAUCCAUCAAGACAGAUCUGGAGCCAGAAACGUUCAAACCCAACCUCAGAGAACCCAGUGACCUCCUGGAGGCCGACCAGAUAGAGAAGCUUGCCAAGAAUCUCCCACCACGGACCAUUGGGUACCCGUGGACGCUGGCCUUUGGCACAUCAAAGCAUGGCAUGAGCAUUAAGACGCUGUACAGAGCCAUGCAGGGCCAGGACACACCAGUGCUCUUGGUCAUUAAGGACAGCGACGGCCAGGUAUUUGGUGCGUUGGCAUCUGAGCCCUUUAAAGUCAGUGAUGGUUUCUAUGGCACUGGAGAGACCUUCCUCUUCACCUUCAAUCCAGAGUUUGAGGUGUACAAAUGGACAGGUGACAACAUGUUCUUCAUCAAGGGAGAUACGGACUCCUUAGCGUUUGGUGGAGGGAGCGGUGAGUUUGGCCUGUGGCUGGACGGAGACCUUUACCACGGCAGAAGUCACUCCUGUAAAACAUUUGGGAACCCCAUGCUCUCAAAAAAGGAGGAUUUCUAUGUGCAGGACAUAGAGAUCUGGGCUUUUGAAUAACAAAACAGUCUAUCACAGGGAAAAAAAACAAGUCCUGCAAAGGGCAAACCGAGGAGUCCUCCUCCUUUAGAACAAUGGCAAUGUCCCAAACCUAACUGCACAUCACCAAGGCUCCCCAGGCCGGAAGCCAGCUAUCGGAUGCUUGUUGUGCGUUACUACUGCAGUUAUUACGGAGCUUUUUUUCUUUGUGAAAAAUUACCUUUGUGUGUAUCUUGUUACAGCCUUGUGCAGCGUCUUUGCAGAGCAGGGGGAGUGUGUAAAAUCAGUGACAAUGAUGGUGAAAAGACUGUAAGAUGAGCUUGUAUCAGGGAGGAGGAGAGGAGAGGGAGGCAGGGAAGGGACCAUCAGGCCUCGGAGAGGAAAGGACCAUCGGAGCUCCUCUUUCCCAAGAGGUGGUGAAGAUGAUGGCGGCUGAGGUUUGGGACUGCUACGAGAAGAGAGAACUACCCUACUGCUACAGAUUGUGUAUCUGAACUUCACAGAACCUCAAGGAGUCCCAGCACCCUCUCAAAUCCCCAGCACCCUUUCAAAUCCCCAGCACCCUUUCAAAUCCCCAGCACCCUUUCAAAUCCCCCUAGAACUUUGUUCAUUCGGUAGGAUGUUACUCACUGUGCUGUCAGCCUUGACGGAGAGAGACCCAGUUAGAGGGGGGGGGAGGAGACAAAAGCUGAUCACAUUCCAUUCCUCUGGAUGAUGGUGGAGUGUCAAAGUAAAGUUGUGAUUCGUGGUAAAACACCAAUAUACAAAACACAUCGGCAGCAGGAUACGAUGACACUUAACUCAGAGAAGAGAGAAUAUUUACGGGAGUGGGGGGGGGGGGUGGUUAGUCUUUUUACAGUACAGUUUUGGGUUGUCUUCUGAGGCUAAACUUAUAGAGUAUUGUGUAUUGUAGUCCUCCUGUUGUUCACUGUCAUAGCACACCAUCUGAAAGCACAUAGCUAUAAUCAGAUCACCCAUCGUCGUAAUGUUCUGUUCAGUGGGUGUACGUGUGAGUCCAGCUAACACCGGCUCCUCUCGCGGGAUGCUGGCUGUACUGUUUGUAGACAGUAACGUGUUGCAAUAGAUUUGUGGAAUAUGCAAAUAACUGUCCUGUGACCUCAAAUACCUGCAGGUCGUGGCACUUUUGCCGCCGCCUGUUGCUCUUUCAAGAGAGAAACUUGUAAAGCUUUUACGUCUUGAUACACAAUUGCUUUUCUGGGUAUCAUUUGAAAAGCCUGAGACGUGGUUAACUGUUUUACAUGCAUAUAUGACAAUUAUAUAUUGGUAUAUAUGAUUAUAUAUGGAUUUAUAUAAUCAUAUAUAUUUUGCUGUUAAGUGUGACAGUGAUCUAUUUGUGCUGAUAUUUCAGCUGUUACAAUAUAAUGUAUAUUACCCUGUAAAUUAAUGUUAAAAUAGUAGAUUUGUUCCUAUAUAUAUAUAUAUAAAUACAUAAUGCUAUAUAAAUAUAUAUAUAUAUAAUAAAGUGUGGUUUGGUGGGUUGCUUCUAGCACUUUAAUCUGGUGUAAAAGCGUCAAAACCAGGUUCGUAGAUUCUCUUAGCAGUAGCUGUACAGUACUUUUUUUUGUUUAGAUCAUAAAGAUGUUAACUGUUAGUAGAAAGCUUGCUGCUACCAAUAUCAAUAAGGGUAUGCCCUAAUGCUCUGUGUGUCUAAAAUGGAGGAUUACUCUGAGGUAGGAAGGGGGGGUUGAAUGUGGUGAAAUGCUACAGAAGGGCUCGGUUUCUCUCCUCAUGUGGCUGUCAGGUGAGUCUCAGUAGGUACAGGUAGGUAAGCAGGCAGACUGACCUCUGACAGGCAGAUGAAGAUGGGUGAUGGGAAAUGUGUACAGUACGUAACCCUCCCCCGAGGAGCUUUCUUCCCCCCUUUCUGGUCUUCCACACCAGUAUUUGUGUCCUUGUGGAGAGUCACAAAGAAUAAUAUGGAUAAUUCUUCCAAUUAUUUCACCAGAAUACAAUGUACCAGUGAUGUAUAAAUAACAAUAAAGCUGAAAUAAUUGUUGUA